GAUAUGAAUGAGCUUGUGCUGUGCUUCCCUCCUGUUAGCCUGUUGAAUAGGAGGGAAACCAUAACAAGCCACUUCUUAUGAGUGCUAUGCUCCUGUGGCAGUGCCACGGCCUUUGCAGAUAAAGCUGUUCAAAUUCCUGAAUUCCAGAGAUUCAGCUGACAACAGAGAUACCUAAAUUUGUUAUGCCUACCUGCAGGAGUCUGUUUGUGGCCUAAAGGCUCACUUCAGUCACCCUCACACAGGAACUGCUGGCAUUUCAGAUGCCCUGCAGUAUGCAAGGCACCUUGACAGCUCUGCAAGAUGUGUUGCCAACAGGACAGGCAGGUUGUGCUGUCCAUCUCAAAUGGCACUGGCUCCUUCUGUGUGGGCAAUGCAUUGAGCCCUCAGUAUCAAAGCCACUGUUAGAGUCAACAAAGAUCAAGGCUGGAGCCCCUGGAGCUGAGUGAGUGAUUCAGCUCAGCAGCUGCUGCUUCCCUUGGCUGGGGUGAACUCAGUUGUGCUCCAGGUUGCAUUGGCUGGAUUUCUGCUGACUGCAGCAGUCCCUCUGAUGACACCGCGAAUCUGGGAAUGAAGAACUUCUCAGAGCUGAUUGGAAAUGGCAUUGCGGAGCUGAAACUUAACUGGAGGAAAUAUAUCUCCUGAAGAAGAAAAUAUAAUGCACUGUAAGGAUCUGUCUUCUGGUGAAAAAUUCAAGCCUAGAGAAAACUUGUCCGCUCUGUUAGGAAGAAUGGGUUGGACAAUUUUCUUCAAUUCCAAAGGAUAUCUGAAUGCCAUGCUGAGCUUAAUCUCUGCAGCAUGCUCUGUGCUUCUCAUCUCUUCCUGAUGCACUGCAUGGUUAUUCUGAAGGGAAGGAUAAAGAAACUGGCCACCAAGAUGGUAAUCACUAGUGGAAAUGAAGAAGAUAAAGGCAGUCAAGAAAAGGAAAGCAAAGAAGAAACCAUCUUGGCAAUGCUUGGAAUUAUUGGGACAAUUCUGAACCUCAUUGUGAUCAUUUUUGUGUAUAUUUAUACAACAUUGUAAACUAGAAGGCAUGCAAAUAGACCAGAUAAAACGGCCAUUAAGAGUGACAACAAACAUUGCUGACUAUUGACAAGUUCUUUAAUCAGAAUUGACUCUGUAUUAUAUUAACACAUCAUAAAAGCACUGCCUGAAGGCAGCGAAGACUGAAGCACAAUUAAUUUAACAAGACUUUUUCACACAGUAAUAAGCUUAACUCUUCUCUCCUGCCCUCUCCCUUUCGGUUUGGUUUUCAGUUUGGGGGAGAAUGACUGCAGUUAUAUAAGUUGUAGCUUUGAAGAAAUCUACCAGGGAUAUGUUGUUUUAAAAGAAUUAAAAAAAAAAAAAAAAGGAAAAGAAAAUAAAAUACAAGAAAAGAAAAAAAAGGAAAAGAAAGAAACUGUAAACUAUAUAUAAUUAGAAAUGUAUGCUGUAUACCCGCAAAGAUUGAACUCAAAGAUAGCCUCAUAGCACAGAUCACGUGUCUCUUAGGUCAAAUGGUUUUUUCUCUUGGUUUUUGCUUUUACUUACAUUGAAUCUGACAAGCUUUUUAUUUAGAAUGAACAUAUGGUGCAAUCAUGAAAAAAACAAUUCUGUUGAGCAAGGUCUGCCUAAACCUGAUAAAAUGUUGGGAGAAGUACAUUACAUGGUUAUUUUUCCUUUCUCAUUUGCUUAACAUCUGUGUCUGUUCAUACCAAUGUUUAUAAAUAUAUAUUUUUAAUAAAUGUGCUAUAUUUUUAGCAUGAACCAAA